AUGCAGAGCGGGUCUGCCUCUUCCUCGUGGGCUCACACAAGGAACUCUUUGAAAUAUGCACGACAACUGGCCCAUAAAGUAAACUGUUCCUCCCAGAGCGAUUCCGCAUCCAUGAUCGCCUGUCUGAGGACCGUGUCUGCCAAGAAGUUGACUGCAGCAUCAUGGCCAAUGGGAAAUGAACCCAUCACAGCAUUAGCCGAGUUCUACUUUGUACCUACCGUUGAUGGGAUAUUUGUCAAAGACGAUCCGCUAACGCUAAUGAACUCCCAAACUUACCUGAAGCAGGUAGGGCUUCAAAAACUGGACUGCAUGGUGUCCGCGGUAAGCAAUGAAGGAGGAAUCUAUAAAUUCCUUGCACGAGCAGCUGAUAAUCAGUUCCAUGUGUCGUCAUCCUCAUCGGUUCAGCACAAGGCAUUCUACAGGAACACCUUUAUCCCAGAAGUUCUUCAGGUUUAUUUCGGAACAUCCUCCUCUGACAUGACACAGGCCGUGGCUAAGGUGUAUGCCCCCUCUCAAAGCCAUACCGUUAAUCUUCAGACAGUAAUGAACACUCUUGGUGAUGCUGGAAUGGUCGUUCCCGUGAUGCAAUUUGCGAGGGCUCAUGCAAAGCUGAGCAGCAGCUUGAAAACGGGGAAGAAGACCUACAUGUAUGUGUUUGACCACAUCCCAUCCUUUAUGAGCGGUCAUGGCAUGGGGCUGGAUCAUGGUGAUGACCUCAUGUGCACGUUUGGUCUCAACAAAGCCUACAUGGCUGCUUUGGCAAAAACGUUCUCAAACAGUACAAUGGAGCCAGACCAAUCCGAAAAGGAGCUUGCACAUACGGUGAUGGGACUGCUCACAGAUUUCGCAAGACAUGGGUAUGUUCGCUAA